CUUCUUCUUCAAAAAAAAAGGUUAUUUUUAAUAACACUUGUUUGUAUCACUUGCCUUCUUGGUCAGUUUUUCUGUGUUUCCUGCAGAUGCAGAAGAUCCCGACUGCAGCUACAAGCAACAGUGAUCCAACAGCAGCAGAGAUCAGCGCUAUCAGGGAGCCUCGAUGUGAAGUAGACUGUCCAUCUGGUUCUGUAAUGACAAAGAAGUGAAUGUGUCAGUCUGAUGUACAACACAAGGUGUGUUUGGUGAUACAGAAGCAGUGAAGUCAGUAUCAGUGAUGGAGGGAGAUCCAGUCACUCUAUACACUAAUGUUACCAAACGACAUCAUGACAUAAUGCUGUGGUAUUGUAAUGACACUUGCAUAGUUCUGAUCAAUAGAGGUCCCAGUACGAGCUGUGUGUAUGAUGGUGAAAGCGGGAGAUUCAGAGACAGACUGAAGGUGGACUAUGAGACUGGAUUUCUGAUCAUCACAGACAUCAGAGCUGAACACGCUGGACGUUAUGAAGCAGAGCUCAUCAGAAGCAACAGUUCAGGAACCAGCCAAAGCUUCAACAGACCCAGGAAGUGUGACGGCACAAAAAUCUACGAAAAAAACAGUGACUCUGAAGACAUCAUAAAAAGAUUCAGUCUGACUGUCAGUGCUUCUGAUUCUGGCAAAAACAAGGAUGAAGCCCAACCAGAACCAGACCCACAGCACAAAGAGACAAGUUCAGGUCUGUCUCCAGCUGCUGUAGCAGGAAUUGUUGUUGGUGUUGUUGUUGUUGUUCUGCUGGUGGCUGCAGCUGUUGUUGUUGGUCGUCGUAGGAAGACGACAGAAAUCGUCAGAAAUGUCAACGAAAUAGAAACAAGUGAAAGACAAGUGUCUAUGGAUGAGAUACAGAAUGAAAGAAGUCUCAUGAUCUGAGAGGAUCGCAAAAAAAAGGUGGUUUAUUCCUUAUCUAAUCCGAUUGAGCAUGCAUGUAAACACUCGAUCGGAUUGAAAACCGAAACUGAAAGGUCUGCGCAUGUGCAAUGACGCAGAAAUAGUAUAAUGACGUAUGACGUGCGGAACGAGCGGGUCAUUAGGCUUGUUUGAGAUGCGCCUCGCCUCUGAGAGGAGGAGUGAAAUAAACACAGUCAAGACGGACAGUUCUGCCUCUCGAAGUGGAACAGAUACCUACGAGAUCAAAGACAGAUAUCACGUUAUUCUCACUCACAUGCUGUGCUGCUGAUAAACAUGAUAUUAUUUCAGUUCUGUUGCUUUUAUAUGAAUAUAAAUACGAUGAACAAGACACUCAAAGUGCUUGCUAUUUAAUUCCAUACGAAAGGUGUAUUUAUCAUCCAUUUUUAUUUUAAUUCAAACAUGUAUUUUAGAUUUUUGUAGAAAAUAUGACAACAAUCACAUCUCACACUGAGAAAAAAUACAUAAUAGCAUGAAAGAUUUAAAAAAUAAAAUAUUUUAGAAGAGAACGCAGCAUCACGGUUGUCUGAACCAAUGAGCAUUAAGCUGUGUCGUCAGUCAGUCGUUUCAUGCUUUUGAACAGCGCAGUCGGUGAUAAAUAUGAGCAGCACGGCACUGCGGUUUAUAUGUGUAUUUAUCCAGAAAUGGAAAAAUAUUAAUUCUGCUGUUAAAAACAAAUAAAGAAACAGAGAGUAGUUAUUAUGUGCAAACAGUGAGAAAC